UAGAGCUGGAAGGAUAUUGAUUAAAUUAGAGAAAUUGUGCGUUCAAGUUCACACCUUUUCAACAUAGGACGGGCUCUGUUCGUUGGAUCAUUAGCAUUCGGAAUAGAUCCAUAGAUCCUUCCAUUGUACUGUAUGGCAUACCGGUGCAGCCGUACUAGUACAGCCCACAGCCCACUGCUGCAACGACCUUUCUUCGUUCCAAAUCUGGGAAGCUGGAGCCUGACGUGGUUAAUUUUGUGCUCUGUGUAGCUCGUGCAGUCGUACAGUGAUGUGAUUGGGAGAUGAAGGGAUCUUCGAACUCUCCAAACUGGAAACACUGCCGAUUGACUGUCGUCAUCAGGAAAAGCUGCGACGAACCAGAUCUGUGUCUGUGGAAUGAUAUCAUCGUGAUGUGUUGGCUUUGCUAACAAGCAAUCCAGAAAGCAUAGAAGACAGCAUUGUGUCAACCAUAUUUCCCCCAAGAUUUUAAAGAACAGAUUAAUAUUGGAUCCCACAAAGAUGUUCCGUCCGGCUACCAAGACCAUCCUACGAAGAGCGCCGACGGCCCGGGCAACGGCUGCUUCAUCAGCAGCACGGGCCAUGUCUUCUUCGUCGAGUGAUAAGCUUUCCUACGGAGUUGUACCCAAGGAGUACUUUGGAGAAUACAAGGAGUAUUCCGUGAUCCACACCAAUCGAUCUUUGAACUUAAUGUCAGAACCCUUCCAACAAGUGAUGCGCAACUUGAACGAUCUCUUGAAGGAAACUUACAAGGCCGACAAAGUUGCGAUUAUUCCGGGCUCUGGAACAUUUGGAAUGGAAGCCGUGGCUCGUCAAUUUGCUACCAAUAAACAUGUCAUGGUGAUCCGCAAUGGCUGGUUCUCUUUUCGUUGGACCGAAAUCUUUGACAUGGGCGGUGAAAAUACCAUUCCAGAGUCACACACGGUUCUGAAAGCAGUUCCUGUAGACACAACAUCUGCGAGUACUAAUCCACAAACAACCCAGUAUCAACCCCACCCAAUUGCAGAAGUCGUCAAGAAAAUUAAGGAGGAACGCCCAGCAGUGUUGUUUGCUCCCCACGUGGAAACCAGUACUGGAAUGUUCCUACCUGACAGUUACAUCAAAGAAGCAGCAGCAGCCAUGCAUGAAGUUGGAGGGAUGUUUGUAUUGGAUUGCAUAGCAUCCGGAACCGUAUGGGCCGACAUGAAAGAUUUGGGUGUGGAUGUUGUUAUUAGUGCGCCACAAAAGGGGUGGACUGGCCCAGCCUGCGCCGCUCUGGUGCCAAUGUCGGACUUGGCCGUGUCCAAGAUGCAAGAAACCAACGAAACAUCCUUUUCCAUGAGUUUGAAACGAUGGACUGCCAUCAUGGACACUUACGCGAAUGGCGGAUUCGGAUACCAUACAACCAUGCCCACAGACGCACUUCGAGAUUUUCACGAAAUCAGUGUGGAGACAUUGAAGUUUGGUCUUCCGGAGCUCAAGGAAGCGCAACUGGAACUGGGAAAGCAAGCACACGCAGCCUAUGGAGCUCGUGGGCUAACCAGUGUUGCAGCACCCGGCUUUCAAGCUCCUGGGGUGCUUGUGUACUACUCUCCCAUGGGCACUGACAAUCCGGUCAUGAUGAACAAAUUCAAGGGAUACGGACUGCAAAUCGCUAUGGGUGUGCCGUGGAGAAUUGAUGAACCAGAUGGUUUGAAAACAUUCCGCAUGGGUCUGUUUGGAUUGGACAAGCUGGGCGAUAUUGAAGGCACUGUCCAGGUCAUGGCAGAAGGUCUCGAUAAGGUGUUGACGGAGUGUGGCUAUGCGUUUCCAGAAACAUCCAAGAAGGCUGCCUAGCUUUUUCUUUUAGCAGUUGGGUUGCCUGGUCUCCUCCAGUUCCAUGCACCUGAUAAGCUUACUUAUCAAUACACUACAUUUUCGAUAGACUUGUGCCUGUUCCGAACAGCGUUGAGAAGCAACCAUGGGGGGGGAUAAAGAGGUGUCAUAGAAAAAAUGUUCCCUGCCAAUACUUACGUUGAACGGUGCCUGGUACCUGGUACACUCAUUUGAUGUUGGUUUGCCUGCCGCUUUCCCCCUGGGCAUCAUUUUCUGCCGUGCACUCGGCCUUCAGAACGUUCUUGCUAGCUGGCUUGUAGACAAGUAUUCUGUUGAUCAUGGUCGCUCUACAUGUAGCAACGACCACUACAACCGUAUCGUUACCAGCUGGCUAAGCUACCGGUACCGUGUACCAGGUAGCUGCUCCAAUGCUCCA